AGGGGUUCGGCCGGCCGGGAGAGCGCUUCUCCCUCUGCGAGGAAGGAGGAAAGAGGAGGGGGCGAACCGGGGAGGAUGACGGGGCCGGCAGCCCGGCGGGAUAUCCGGGCCGGGCUGCCCCUCCCUCAGGGCUCGCCUCAGGCCGCGGCCGCCGUCCCGCCCCGCUGUGAGGGGCUCCGGGCCGGCACCGCCGAGCCGAGGGGCCCGCGCUGAGUCACAGCCGGGCAGGGCCGGGCCCGUGAGGGGCGCACCGGGGGCCCGAGCCCCGGGCGUUCCCCUGAGGCGCCCGGGGCUGUUGUACCGUCCGAAAAAGCUCUGCUUGCUCCAAGGGCGGGAGCUACUUCCAUGUGGGCCUCGUGCUGCGGGCUGCUGAACGAGGUGAUGGGCACGGGCGCGGUGCGCGGGCAGCAGGGCGGCUUCGGCGGCGGCGCCGGCCCCUUCCGCUUCACACCCAGCACGGGCUUCUCCGCAUACCCAGCCCCUGCUGCGGCCAGCACCAACAUCGUCUGCAAGGCCUGCGGGCUCUCCUUCUCAGUCUUCAGGAAAAAACACGUGUGCUGUGACUGCAAAAAAGAUUUUUGCUCGGUUUGUUCAGUCCUCCAAGAGAACCUCCGGAGAUGUUCCACCUGCCACCUGCUGCAAGAAACGGCCUUCCAGCGCCCUCAGCUCAUGCGACUGAAGGUGAAGGACCUGCGGCAGUACCUGAUCCUCAGGAACAUCCCCACAGACACCUGCAGGGAGAAGGAGGACCUGGUGGAGCUGGUGCUGUGCCACCACGGCCUGGGCUCCCAGGGGGACACGGACGCUGGCAGCCUGCGCUCGUCGCGGUCGCAGGGCUCGGGCUUUUUCACCCACCCCUUCUCCACGUCUGCAUCCCUGUCAAACCCAGGAGAGCUCGCCAGCAGAAGGGGAAGCACAGGCAGUGGAACACCCUCACGGGGACAAACAGAAACAUCUGUAAAUAAUGAAGAAGAAGAAAGUGCAGAAGAACAGACCCCAGGGCUGGCCAGGAAGAGAGCGAGGGCGUCCCUGUCCGACAUCUCCAGCCUGGACGACAUCGAGGGCUUGAGUGUUCGGCAGCUGAAGGAAAUCCUCGCCUGCAAUUUUGUCAACUACUCAGGAUGCUGUGAAAAAUGGGAACUUGUGGAAAAAGUGAGCAGACUGUACAAAGAAAACGAGGAGAACCACAAGACACAGGGGGAGAGGCUGCAGCUACACGAGGACGACGACAACCUGUGCCGGAUCUGCAUGGACGCGGUGAUCGACUGCGUGCUGCUGGAGUGCGGCCACAUGGUCACCUGCACCAAGUGCGGCAAGAGGAUGAGCGAGUGCCCCAUCUGCCGCCAGUACGUCGUGCGGGCCGUGCACGUCUUCAAAUCCUAACCCCGCCCUGCCCCAGUGCCCCGGGCGGGAUUCCUGGGGGCGGGAUUCCUGUGGGCAGCAGCGCCGGGCCCCGGCGCGCACGGCAGCCUCGUCGUUUUGCUUAAACUUGGCCUUUUCGACAUCGACACGCAGAAGUUGGUGAAAGGUUUUUCAAGCAGCUCCUGCAGCGCAGGGCUGGGCAGGCUCAGGUGCUGCCCCACUGACCUUACAGCCCCACAGAUUGUCGGAGUCAAACUGUUUACAGCAGUUCUUGCUCUCUUCUGAAGAAUCUCACCUGUCUUUACGCAGCACUCGGCAAGUGGUCAGUUAACACCUCUGCUUGAGCCUGUUAGCCUGUGGUGUUCUCUAGUGCAUUAGAAGCAAUGAAUAUAUCAGUUGAUUAUUCAGCUUUUCCCUAACGAUAGAAUGUAUCUGUUCUGACCUGGCUGCGGCGCUGGUGUCAGACACAGCUUAGGAAGCACUGCCAUGAACUGUUCCCGCACAGAAGCCCUUAAGCAAUCUUGCUUUAUGCUGAUUGCUCCCUCUGAAUGUCUGUCAUGACACGUGUGCUGUCUUGGCUGUUCUCUGUCAGUGUACAAACACUCCAUCACUUUGCAGGGCUCAGGAGCCACACUGGGCUCUGCCCGGUGGGCUCCAAAAACCGGUUACUGAGUGGUUUUUAGUUUAGGAAUAAAGUAUUUUUUUAAGAAGGGGUACUACAGUAAACCAUGUUAGUGUGGUCCUCAAUGCGCUCAUGCCUGUUGUGACUGUUGAUCUGUGCUGAUUGUAGCCCGUGUGCCGACAGCCUGAUGUUACUGUGAAUCCCCUCAGGGCACCUCCCUGCUGCUGGCCUGGAAUGUGCAGCCUCACCGACCUUACCUGGGGAGGCAGGAGCAGGGACAGCUUUUGUUUCAAACCUCCUCUUCACAGACUUUCACCCAAAGCCAAGGCACCCAAAGCGGCUCCCCACGGGGCUGCUGAGGGCCUGGUGUUGCUGCCAGCCCUUGGCCCAGGGUCAGGCUGAGCUUUGUGCCAGGAGCAGGAAUUGCAAGGUCCCUGUAGGAUCCUGUGAGCAAUGGCCUGGGGAAGGGAGCAGCGAGAGGAGCUCGUGCUGAGGGUGAGAACAGGAUCAUCCCUGUGACCAAGCAUGGCCAGAGCUGCGAUUGGUGAAGUUCACCGUACAAAAGAGGUGAGGAAGGACCAUGUGUGUCCAGUUAUUCUUUAAGCAGAGUUGUUUAAAAAGGUACAGUUCCUCCUUUGAUUUCCCAUGUGGCAGCAAAGUUCCAGAGCCAAGGCUGUGCUUGGCCGAGGGUGUAGGACCUGAGAACUGGACCUGUGCUGCACUGGCACCUGCUCCUGUUUUUGUGAACUGUUAAACUGGCUUGGAAGAGAGAAAGCAGCUCCUCCUCACACAAAACACAGCUCCAAGCUCUACUGGGUAUUUUUCAGAAGGGAGCAAACCUCUCAAUGGCUUUAUUUUUUAGAAGUAACUUUUUAAUGGUACUUAAUUCCUGGAGUCUGUCCAGAGGGGAGGCUAAUGAAGACAGACAUGCCCUCAGUGUUAUUUCCAUGCUGCUCAUUAGCCACUCGAGCUUAAUAAAGAUGGUGAUGGGCUC